AUGUAUGAUGAUGGAGAAAUUGAGGUCUUGUUUCUCUCUUCUGGCAGGCUAUUUGACUAUAUUCAAGGAAAGAACAAUUAUGAAGAGAAGAUAGAGAUGACAGCCCCAGUGCUCUCUGAAGUCUCGCCUAGUGAUGGAUCUUUAUGUGAGUCCUCAUUUGUUGUUAGCUUUUAUGUACCAAAAGUUAACCAAGCAAACCCACCUCCAGCCAAAGGCCUUCAAGUCCAAAGGUGGAAUCCUGUGUAUGCAGCAGUGAGACAAUUCAGCGGAUUUGUGGUUGACUCAGAUGUUGGAGUGGAAGCUGCUGCCUUGCAAGCCAGCCAUGUUGACACGGUUUGGUCUGCUGCCAUUGAGAAAAGCCAUGGAGCUGAUCACACAUCAGUCUACACCGUCGCAGAGUACAAUUCCCCAUUUGAAUUUGAUGAUAGGGUGAAUGAGAUAUGGAUGUUGUUUGAUAUGGAAGAUGACUUUACAAUGUGAGAAGAAUAUCUGAAAAGACG